AUGUUCUUCUCGGGGGAGGCGACGUCGCGGAAGAGGGUGGACCUCGGGGGGAAGAGCUCCAAGGAGAGGGACCGGGAGGUGCUGCUGGAGAAGGCGAGGCUCCAGAGGCAGCGGCGCCAGUGGCUCCGGCAGCAGAAUUCCGCCGCCCUGCAGAUCCAGGUACGCUGUUCUGUGUGUAUUUUAUGCUCAAGGAUCGCUGACGGGCAGUGAUUUCUGAGUUCCCCAUGGUAUGUAUAUUCCCAAUGCUUGUGGCUCAAUCAUGCCGGCCCAGGGGUUUCCUGUGGUCGAGUAUCUGUUGUCCCGCCGGUUCUUCAAUGUCGCGGUUCUGAGUUUCAGCCUUCUCAACGUUGUCUUAACUGCGUUUUCAGAGUAACUGACCUAUGUGUAUAUGAUGUAGAUAGUUCAGUUAUUGUUACGGGGCACUGAUUACGCCUGGAUUAAUAUCCUCCGUGGUAGUCUUUUCUUGGCAUGGCGUUGCAAACUCUGAUUUCCUUAUCUCAAAUAUGACAUUGGUUAAUUGAUUUUGAGUUGAGUCGGACGUGUUCCUAUGUUAGUGGGAAAUUCUUCACUGUUACAAGGACAUUUCAACUUGGUCAGAUUUAUUUGACUGAAAAAUAGGACUUCAAUCCCUUAGGAAUUCUUUUAACUGGGAUUGUUGGUGGUGGGUUCAUUUUGAUGCAACGAGAAGCCACGAACAUGUGGAAGAGCCAGUUUUUUAUUUGACUGUUGGACAACUCCAGUAGGAAGUUUUUUAAAACCCUUGACUCGGAUUUGGGCCUUCUGUCAUGAGUGGAGGUUUUUAUGCUUCAAGCUUUAGACAUUAUUUCAAUGUUUUAAAUAAAAAAACUCAAUAUUUUCAAAUAAUUACUUUGGAUGAAGUGAAGUUUACCGAACAUAAUUUAAGGAAAAAUGUUGCGAUUCUUUUGGUAUUUUUACAUCAGAUUAGGCCACGCCUAUCAUUAAUGUGCUCAUGCUGUUUAUAUUGGGAAUUUCAUACAUCUUCUGUACACGAAUGGGAUUUCGUACACAAUAGUAGUUCUUUCUCAAUGGAAGAAAAUGGCAUUACGAAAUGUUGUCAGUGGGCUUCUUAUAAGCAUGUCCUUGUGCCACAAUAGGAUUGAACAAUGGGAGGUGAUUUAGCACAAGAAUGUAGUCGGAGGCUACCUACCAUAUAAUCUUGAGACAUUCAUCAUAUCAGACGAACUUCAAAAACAUUCUGGAAAAUGAUAAAGAAUAAAUAAUAUAUAGUAAAUUAAUCUUUCAUGGCACCAUCAAUUAUUUUAUGAUAAAGAAAGACAAUGGACUGCAUUAGUUCUGAUAGAAAUAUCUCAGAUUGUCAGAAAUGAUUAAUUUCAAACAUCCUUGGUAUGGUCCUUAACAGAAUUUUCUUCUCUUCUUUGGGACAAACUACUUUUGGUGCAGUUAGGAGAUGGGUAGUAUCAGUUCAUUUUUCUGAAGUUUUGUCUUCCUUUUACAAACCUCGGCUCAAGCAUACAGAACCAGAUUUCUCAUUUCCUUCGCUGAAGCUAUGUUUAUUAUGAUAUUUAAGGGUUGAAACAGGUUAGUAGUCGACAUGGUGUGAUAUUGUGAGUUGAAAAUUCCGGAGCUCUGGGUACGUUUUGAACUUAAUUGAUGAUUGCACUUGAUAAGUUAAAGUAGGAGAGUAUGUACCAGUCAAACAUAAAAAGAACAAAAGAUGCUUGAAAAUGAAUCUUCUCCAUUGUAUAUGUACUAUUAAGAUUAGUACCAUAUUUAUUCUUACAAAAGAAGAAACUCUUAUAAAGUUGAGGCGUACUAUGCUCGUAGUCAGAUGAUCUUGGGUUGGAUGGCCCAAAAAUUGAGCAUGUAUAUCAACUAUACCACCCUUCCCGUUAAGAACCUUUGAUUUGAGAUCAUUCGUUUACAUGUCUACUUCAAUCCCUGAAAUUAAGUUCUCCCCUCCCUUUGACUCCAUAAGUUGACGACCAAAUACUUGUCAUCAUUAUAAUGCUUUCACGUAGCAUAUCUAUAUAUUUUCCAGCAUAUUUGGUUCCCCACGACUUUAAGAAAGUCAGUCGCUAGGUCCCUGCUUCCCCAUAUUUCUCAGAUUUAUUCGUCAAGUAUAACAACAUCAGCCACGCUAUCAUUUCCCUCUUUCUCAUUGAUGUGCCUAUGCUUAGCAAGUAGUAUGAUGUCACAUCAGCUAUUCACAUCAUCCUUAUUGUUGCCUUUUCUUCAUCAGCCCCCAAAUUGAUCCAGGGACGAGUUUUGAUGUCCUCACAUGAGUAUUGUGAUAUCUGACUGUUGAUAUGUUAUAGAUUGUGGAAGUCUGGAAUAACUUCCCGUGGUAGGGUACAUCUCACUAAAACAACUUUGGUUAGAAUAUUGAUGCGUCUAUCUUUUGAGUUGCUGUAUAUAUGAGAAGUUUAUGAAAAAGCCUUGCAGAUCCAUACUAGUUUAUUCUAUAACAAUUGCUGAAUUAUUUAACUUUUUUUGCUUCUGUCCUAUCAUAUCUGCUUGUCGUUUAGUCGCCAAUAAUUUUUUGUCGCUAUGACAAAUCUGAGCACGAGUAUGUUUCUUUUUAAAUAGCAAAGAUUUAUUUUUUCCUGGUAUAUACAUAGUUGUGGACGCACAUAAUCCAUAAUGGAUAUGUAUUCCAUUUUUUUCCAUUUCAUAGGUUGUUCCAUUUAAGAAAUGAUAGUCUUUACAAUGGUAUUGAUGCAUUUUUUAAUCCACAAGAUUGCUGUGAGGAACUUAAGUACUUCUGGCUGCAGAAAUGCUUCAGAGGGAGGAAAGCUGUUGAAUUUGAACGUUCAAAGCUUCGUGAAGAGUUCCAUGUUACAUAUGGACGCCACUGUGAGAAGGUGGAUAGGUAUGCUUUGGUUUUUUACUGUUGUGCAAGCACCAUCCAUCAUGUUUGUUUUCACCUCCUGCUGUUGCUGCAGGUGUCAUGAACACAAGAUAUUAGGAUUUCGAAUAAGUCUAAUGUUUCAAUUAUAGUACCCUUUAAAUAUUUAGCAUUUCCUACUCUCCGAAACUAGCAUCAGUAAAGAGGAAAACCUCAUGGUAGGUGUUCAACACGUUGUACACUCAGAGACGUUUUUUUAUUAUUUGAACAGGGAUUGUUUCGGUCCAGACUCGGAUUUUCUGCGCCAGUUGCUUUUUUUCUUCGAUGGAAGCAAUAAAGUUGAUUUUACCGUACUAGUCGAGAGUUGUAGGCUGUUGCUCAAGUUUUUCCAAGAAAGUGGUAAGUAUGAACAACUCAUUCAGCGUCACUUUUCAGUUUCCAUGUAACUUUGGCCGCUUCAAGUCAGCAGCGCGUCUUUUUAUUGCGGACCAUUUUCCCUCUUCAGUUUCUUUUUUCUUUUAGACUGCUAGGUCUUGUUCUUGUUGUAUUAGGCCCAGUUGAUUAUAUCCCCAGAGAAAUGUCAGGAUUUUCACAGUUUCGAUAAUCUUUCUGACUUGUGACCCACCUCCCAGGAGCUGCUUGGUACCUUGGCCACGAAUUUAAUUUUUUGUUACAUGUAAAUGACUCUGUCUAUGCUUUAUACUCUGUCUAAGUUAUCGUUGAAUGGUCAUGUAUACUGCUUUUGAUGAUUUCCUUAAUGAUCUAAAUUUUAACCUUUUUUUCAUAUCCCAUAUGAAUGGGCUUUGGUGGCUACUUAUAUCCAUAAAUAUGGAGAGCUGCUCUUUGGUUGACUUGAGAUGAUCUUCAUUCUAGCCUUGUUCCAUGAUGCGAGAAGAUGGAGUGUAUUGAGAGACUGAGAUGAUAGAGAUUAUUUCUGGUGUAUUCUGAAAAGUUGAGAUCUAGGAAAGUGAUGUAAAAUGUGAAUAUUGAAUGUUAAGAGGUUUCCCUUGAAGCCUCAGUGCAGUUUGUUUUGAUGUAUGAUAUCCAUGUUAUGGUGAAACUGUUGACUAAUGAAGUGUUUCUUGUAAAAGCUUCUGCCUGGAAGUUCUGCGUAAAGAUGAUUCUCUGAACAGUGGUGCAAACCAUAGGAGGAUAUAGAAAGGAAAAAACCCUUCUCUUUUUCACAUCAAAGAUAACUGUUGUAGACGAGUACCUGUGCCACGAAACUAGGAAACUACCUCACAACUAGGAAAUCAAAAAAAUAGGAAACGAACCAAUAACUAGGAAAUGGCCCAACUCAGAGUCGAACUCCUAAAUAUACAUUCUUUCCCACGGGUGAAAUCAAAUAUCAUAAAUGCUGGAUUGGUAUUAUUUGGCUCCAUGUGAUGGGCUUUUCUUUUGCAUUGCUAACGGAAAAUUCUGGAAUCUUGGUUUUGUUUUGUCUAUUGCUUUAUUACACGAUGUAAAAAAAUGAUGUUUAUGGGUUUAUUAACACUUCAAAAAGUCCAGAAUUGCUUCUUGCCUGGAAGUCUUACCUAAAUGGGUGAUCUUUAUCUAUUGAUAGCAUGGAAGAAAAAAAUGCAAAGUAAAUGGUUGAAGGAAUACACGCCCCUUUCUCUCUCCUCUUAUUCCAUCCUACUUCUCAAGGCACAUGAUAAGGUAUAAAAGGAGGCAUACUUGUCUUGCACCAUUUAGGAGAAAGUCGCUCCAAUUGUACGUUUUGUAUUUUUAUGCUAAAAAUCAAUGCUAUGAACAGCUCUACAGAUAAAUGUUGCCUUGUGAUAUUCAUGUUCCUUAAAAAGUUUGCAAAUUGAAAAAUUUGCUGCAAGGAUAGGUUGAUCAGUGAUCACUCUAGAUGCUGAGGUAUUAGAAAAAACGCCGACAACUAUAGAUUUGAUUGGAAGGUGGAGACAAUUAUGUAUGGCAAAAGGCUGGGAUGUGCCAUGAGGACAGUACAUAUAUCCUAGGGAAUGUGAGGACAGCGGAUUCUAACUGUGGCUCAUUUACUCAUCUGCUGUUCCUACUCAUUCAGAUCCAUUUCUUGUGGGGGUUCCUCUCCCCUCUCCUAUCUCUCGAUUCAGCAAACAAUGAAUUCUAUCAAUAAUUUAGGUUCAAAGUCAACCAGGAUUGCAGAGCGUAUAUACACUGUGCCGAUCACAGUAGUAAUGGGGGACGCCACUUGACUAGUUUCUAAUCAAUUCCAACUUAGAACCAUCUGCUUUGAAUUGAAUGCCCUGAUACUUUCAUUUGAUAUCAUGGCACUGAGUUUUAGAGGCUGGCCUGUAUGUGAAAAACGUUUUGUAAUUGUCUCAGAUUGAAUGUGGUGGGUGAAGCUCGUAGUUAGAAUAGGCGUGCUUAUUUCAUUCAUUGCCAUGUGUUGUGAGUUGGAAGGCAUGAUUCUUUUCAAAAAAAUAUACAAACCAUGUAUUGAAUCCUCCAUUGACACCUGCGAAGUCUAGUGCUUUGCUCUUCUUCCUUCUGCUGAUGAUCGUCAAUGACCACGACCAAGAGUGAUUUUGAGUGUUAGGACGACAAGGGUUACAAAUUCGUUCCCAGGCUAUAUUUUUAACGUUCUUAAAAGUUUUUAGUUGAAUUGACUGAUUUCAUUUAUAUUGGGUACUUCAAGCUGAUUCUGUGGUCUAUAUUACAAGGGUGACUAAUUAUUGUCUUAUCCAGUGAGACAAUAGUCCUGUCCACUAGCAGCUGAAGGUAUAGGAUAGUCAAUUAUCUUUCACAAUAACUUGGAAGAACCAACAAUUAGAAUUUUUCGACUUGUUAUCGUAACUUAUGGAAGAACCAACAAUCCUCUAGGACGCUAUCUUUUGUUGGGAAGGCUUAUCUAUAUCUUAUGCCUUAUGGGCGAAUAUGUUAUGCUUAAGCGUACACAGCCUUUUCAGGAACAUAUGUUAAACAAGCAAGUAUUGUUUCUCUUUAAUUUUAGUUUCUAUUUUUAAGAUUUUUGACCUGGGUCCUCAUCAUUUUUAAUUGAUUUUUUUGGUGACAUUUGAAUCUAGUUUCUUGUGUUAUUGUACAUCCGUUUAGUUAAUUUUUUUAAUAUGCUUAGCUGUUAUAUUUUUGAAAUCACUGCAUUGAUAUCCUAUCUGAGAAACUAGCAUGUUUCCGUGCAGGUGAUAUUGUGAGCCUCUUUUCUGGUUUUGAUUAUUCUUCAAGGCGUGCUGUUGUUGAUAACAGAGUGGAACGAUUUGCAUUUUGUUGCCUCCAAGCAGUCCAUCAGAAUAGGUGAGUUGCGUACUUCCCUGUAUCUCUGGAAUAUGAAAUUGCAAGUGUGUGAUGAUCUUUCAAGUAAUUCUUUUUUAAUCUUUUCUGGGGACAUUUGGCCUUAUUAUUUGGCAUGCACAUUGCCAGUUUACCCUGGCAGAUGUUUGUCAUCGCAGUUAUGUUACUGUAUAAUACGCCAUACAUGUCCUUGAUUAAUAGAUUUAGAUGUUCAUACUGAUGUAUUUGUUUAUCUCAUAAUCAUCAUCUUAGACCGGAGAAGAGUAAUUGGUAAUUUUUUUAAAAUGCGGGAGAAAUUUAAUUGCGCACCUUUGUUUUCCAGAAAGCAUAUUAAGUGCAAAAUUCUCAAUGCAGUUGCAUCCUUUACUUUCUGACUUCAUAAAAUGGAAUAUUUGUGUAUAUAGCAUCAUAAAGUAGUGCCAUUGUUUUCUUGCUCAGGGACCAGUUGAAGUAUCAAUUCCUUGUUCAGUCUACAUCCACUACUUUGCCUACAAGUAUCUUGUUGGAGGCUAUGUCUCUCUUGCUAAACCAUGAGCUCCCGUGGUCUUCCAAAGUUGUGCAUUACAUCACAUCAAGGAAAGGCUUCUCUCUGUUCCGAGACAUUCUUCUUGUUGGAAAGGCAAGAUCUACUGUUAACUUCUUCACCCUAGUGUAAAAUUGUAUAGUCCAUGCAGAUUCCUAAAUUCGAGAAGUUCUUGUUUUACAUUCCCUAUAAACUAUCCAAUUCCUCUCCUUUUCAAUCAAUCGAUUCACUGUGAUUUUAUGUAUGUGACUUUUGGUGUACAAGUUAAUUAAUAGUAGGAUUUUAAGAAAACUUCUCGUCUUUCUUUUGACUUGGUGGGGUAACCUAACCCACCGAGUCUACAUGGAAAAUGCUGUGGGAUAUCUCUUGUUUAGUUUGGAAGAAAGUAAAAAAAUUCAGCAGUUAUCUAUGAAUACUGGAUUUAUGGUCUCUUCUUAUUAAUUUGAAAGUGUACCAACAAAUGGUAUCAAAACUGAAUAGCACCUGUUCUAGAUAUGUGUUUCUUCAGUUCCCUGAUUCGUCAAAGUCCGAGGCCUUGUAGGCAUGAUGUGGACAUUACUACUAAAUGGUGUUUUCAUUCAUUUAAGGGGGUUCUUUUGAAUGUUCAGGAGUAGUUCCUGAUUAGGAGUAAGGCUGUGGAAAAUGCUUUGUAAACUUGGAGAAUGAGAAAUGAAUUUCUUCUUGGAUUUGUCAAAUGUGAAUAAAAAGUGGUAUUCCAAGUGUAGAACUGGCAUUCCAAGUGUGUAAUUUAUUAAUGGUGAUCGUACUUGAAUGCUUGGUUUCGUCAAAAGAUGGAGAGGAUCAUGUUAUAAAGAGAGGACAUGAGCAGUGGCAACUGGAAUUUAUCUAAUUUAUACAUAUUGCAUAUACUCUUCCCAAUAAGUUCUUCAGGAAAAGCUGUGUGCAAACUGUGUCCUCAAGAUUGGCACUCUGAAUUGUGGAAAUGAACGUUGUUUGUCUUCUCCUAAUCCAGGCAGCACUCAAUUUCUCAAGCAAAAAGUGAAACCCCAAAUUCCAAACAAGAAUUUUCAUAUCACUUUCGGUUUUUAUUAAGUUUGUGUAACCAAGUUUGCCGGGCUUUCUUUGUCUGUAAGAUCUUCUCUUUUUCAUUGUCUGUUUCAUUCUACCGCACAAGUUAAGUGACGGGGUGCUUAUUUUUGUUUCAGAUGAUCUCUUCGUCUCUUCCAUUUUAACAUUAGGGUAGAAUCCGAUUUUGUCUAUGUUCAAAUUCCAAUGGCUUAGUUAGUUGGAGACGGGUUUGCAUUUGGAGGUCUCAAGUUCUAAUUUUCCUGGUUUUUUUCCUAUUGCUUUUCUUGGAAAAUCGCCAUUAAUAACCUUUUCAUAAAGCAGUAGCCUGAGAUCUCAUGACUUGUUGCUAGAGGAUUUCCAUCCACCAUUUUAAAAGAAACUUUCUUUAUGUCUAUUUAGUUUAUUUACUGAAGGCAAUAAGUUUGAUGCAGGAUCAUACAAGGAUUCCAGUGGGUUCUCAAGGCGAAUCUUCUUUGGAGCAUAUCAUUAACCUUGUUACUUCUCAGAUUGGCCCGUCCCCUUGUAGUUUUGCAGAAAUUGAUCCAAGAUGGAGCUUUUCAUCUCAAAUCCUAUCAAUUCCCUUUCUAUGGAACCAUUUUCCAUACUUGAGAGAGGUAAUACCAAUUGGUAUAUCUGUCUCUUUGUGAUUGCAUUGUAACAUAUCGUGGAGGCGCUUAUUUUUUAACAUGGCAACUUAUGUUUUAAUUAAUUCGAUAAAGUAAAAUAAUUAAAGGGAAUUUUUAUUUUACCAUAUGAAAAUACGAGAUUGUAUCCAAUGUUCUCUUUAUCUGCAUUUCCUGUUUUGGGGCAUGAGGAAGAGAUAAUGGAUUUGGACUAAAUACUCUUAGGAAUAAAAGAUAUCAAGUUAAGAGUCUUGGUUCUUUCCUGCUUUGUACUAUUUCGUGAUGCAUAUCAGAUUAAAUCAUGAAUAAUAUUUCUUGUAGUCUCCAGAUAAUAUUUUCUAACUCUUAUUGCCUUUUUCUCACAAUUGGUAAAUGACCAUUAUCUGUUGUUAAGUUGUCAAAGACUGAAAAUAUUUCAGUAUGUGCACACCCUUAAAACUCACACAGAUAUUUUAGUUUUUUGAACGUUGAAGAGGCAUCAUAUACAUCUAACACCUUAUGAAGAAAACAGUUCCGUUUCUUUCUGGUUUUCUAUCUAAUAUCAGCAGUUAAAGUGGGAAACAAGCCAUUUUUUCAGGUCUUUGAGGCACCCAGGCUUAGGAAGCAAUAUAUUCACCAGAUGGCAUCAUGUUUGAAUAGUCAAACAAAUGUCCUUCCUGGCAAUUUAUCAAGUGAGCUUCCUGGAUAUGCUUGUCUUCUAGGAAAUCUAUUAGAAGCUUCUGGGAUAAUUUUAUCUGCGGUGAACUGUGAUUCUGAUGUGGUAAGAAAUUACUGUCCUGUGCAGAAAAUAUCCAUGCUGCUAUAUUAGCAUUUUGUCUCUGCAUUCUUCCUACAGUAAAUCUCAUUUUCCAUUUUGUAGCAUUAAAUGGUUGAAAGUACUGGCUUAAAUGUCCAUUUUUUAAUUACUUGAAAAUCUUACGUAAACCAUAUUUUCUGUUUCACUUUUGUUAUUCGUUAGUGAUUAAUAUUUGACAUUGGGACUGAAGUUCACAGGACACGGAUCGAGGAAUUUGUUGAGUUUGGUAGACGUUGAGUUAUAAAAGAAAAGAAAAAUUAGUUUACAGAUGAAUUGAGGCCUUCUCCGCUUCUUCUCUUGUCAUCUUCCUGGUACUCGAGAAUCGGCUAAUUCUAUUCAUGAUCAGAAUCAUCUCUAUCUGAUCUGUUUUGGAUCACGUUGUGUGGGUUGGAGGUUUGAUUGUAAGUGCCACAUUGGCCUGAGCUCUGCUCAUGACCAACCCCGUUUUGGCACACCUUGCCGUACUCGAGUGAGGGGACAAUUGCAGCAAUGCAAACGAGUUAGCAUGUGCUGUUCAGAAGAUGAUAAAGCUUAUCCAAACAUGCCAUUAUCCAUAAAAAGAUUUUUUUUACUUUGCUCCCAAAAUCGUCUUAGUUCCACGUCCUACUUUUUGUAGUCAUAAGAAUACUCUCUUUUAACCCAAACUGGCCUCACCUCUCUGAUCUAGCAAUUUCUCUCUGUCCUUUCUUUCGUCAUAUUUUUUACAUGGCAGCUCUAUGAUUGCCAAUGAUGAGACCUAGCAGAUGGAACCCUGGCUUUUAUUUUCCCUAAUUUAAGUGAAUCAGCAGUUUGGAAAGGUUCAAACUCUGAGCCUCUGCUUUGGACAUUAGGCUCAAAUAAGAUUGUGAAAUAAUUUAUUUUUUCUAAAAUAUUACAAAUCUCUUGAAAUCAGUUUUUAAUCAGGUUGGGCUUACAAUCAAAUUGCAUUUGGACGACUCCUGGAACCGUGCAGGAUACUGGUUACUGUUAAGGCUAGUUCAAGUUCUUAAUUGGAUUGUUAAUUGACAGUUUUGGGGGCAGUAGCUACAGAUGCAUUCAAAUAAUGACAGAUGACAUUCCUAUUGACUAGACAGGCUUAAUCGCUCAAUUGGGUUUCAUUUAUUGAGACAUUUGAACUUUUACGAACUAGUUGCUUAGAGACUUGUUCAUUUUUUGUAUUCAAAGUACGUAUGAUGUUAAACGAAAAUAUUGAGGUAGGCCACCAUGUGAGUGACAAAGAACUAGAACUGCCUACAAUGUCAAAUUUACAAACUACAUGAAUUUAAAAAUAUAUGAAGGAUUUGUGUGCGUCCAGACAUUCUCUUUGGCUGUUUUCGUUAUUUUGUUAGCAUAUGUUUUUCUUUUUUGUGGGUGUACGGUUGCUUCCACGUGCAGUUUUACGUUAUCAUACAAGCAGGUAUUUAUUGCGUGAAAAAAGAUAUCUUGAUGAUACACAAAUUGCCAUAUAGCUACUGCUUGCAUGGCUUUUUCUCACUUCUUUUUGGAAGUCGUGACUUGAUAUAAACAUAAAGCUUUGAGCAUUCUAUAAUUCUUUUUCAGUUUUUGGGUCCUGAAUUGGUGACCUAAUAUUUAUUCAUACAUUUUUUAAGUACAAUUUGGAAAUGGUCGUUGUUUAUAUGGAGUCAUUUACAACCUUCAUGAAACAUACUUCCCAUGUUUGCUUUGUACUGUGGGGUAAUGUUCUUACAUUUUAAUUCAUGUAUUCAUUUGCCCAUGCUGGGGAAUCUAUAGAGUAGAUCUUCCCUUCACAAGGUGUUUCCACUUUUAUUCCCAGCUGGAUUUCAUGGCUGAUUAAUUGCAUCUUGUCACUAACAUGGUCUCCCUUUUUUGAUUAAUUUAUUUUUAUUUACUGAGGACAUUUAAUGAAGAUUUCUCAUGUUUUAUCUGGACUAGGCCAUUGAAUUUACUGCUGUCAUCACCUACUUAUUGGAGGCAUUGCCUUCUGGAAAGUUAUCGGCAAAGGACAGUAAGAGUUUUCUCCCAUUAUUCUCAUUAACUGCACUCUGUAUAAUUAAACUUGUACAUGCCUUAUAGAUAAUCUAUAAUAUCUUUUUCUUGCAUGCUGGUUUGUCAUUUUUUGUGGAUUCUCUUUUUUUAUUAUUUACACUGUUUUAUCUUCAAUUAGAUUUUGAUCAAGUUGACAAUGAAAUGACUGUGGACAAGGAGUACCUGGAAGUGCACUUAAGUCCAGAUUUGAAGAGGCAGAUCACAAGUUCAAUAGAUUCUCGCUUUCUUCAGAAUCUGGCAUGCUUCUAUAACCUGUGUUUUUGUCAUUCUUGUAGAAGCAAGUUUAUCUGAUAACUAAUGGUGGUUGUCUAAUAUCUCAACAGGUCAAUGCUUUAUUUAGAGAUACACCAUGUGAUUAUCGUCACAGCAGUGAUAUGUCCCCUGAAGAGGUGGCAGCUAUUGGUGCUAUUUGCAGUUUUCUGCAUGUUGCUUUCAAUAUUUUGCCCCUAGAGCAGAUCAUGACUGGGCUAGCUUAUAGAACUGAGCUUGUUCAUAUACUUUGGAAUUUUAUAAAGCAGUGCCAUGGGAAAGAAGCGUGGCCAACUUUUUCAGGCAUUACUUUAAACUUGCCUAGUGAUGCUCCUGGUUGGUUAUUACCGUUGGCUGUUUUCUGCCCUGUGUACAGGUAACGCUUUGAUGUAAAUUUUGUUUCCCAGUGCAGUGUUUAUCAGAUUCCAAAUUUUUCUUUUGAUUAGUUAUUGGAAAUAUUAUUUAGUUCGUUUUUGGGAUGUUAAUCCAAAUUUUUUUAAGCUAAGUGAUAUUCUCUACUUUUCUCCAGGCAUAUACUCAUGAUAAUUGAUAAUGAAGAGUUGUAUGAGAAGGAAAAACCUCUGCCUUUAGAUGAUAUCAGAUAUUUAAUCGUUAUUUUGAGAGAGGUAACUGCAUUUCCCUUUCAUUUCACAAUAAGGGACACGCUUAAUCUUAAUAGUGUCAUCUGUUAUUCAUCAUUUAAUUUUGUAUCAUGUACUAGUUUGUUUUGAUUGACGUACAGUACCCACGGACUGCUGUUAGUAUCUUUUUAGAGAAUCUUAAUUAUCAUUUUAUGAAUUAUACUGAACCCUAAAAGUAAUUUAAUGAGGGGAGCUUUUUUAUGUAAUUGAUUCAUCAUCCAUUAGUGUAUGAUAAUAAUUAUUCUUGCUCCUAAAAGAUACCAAGUCGGAAUAGGGUUUAUUUUUAAUUCAUCCCCUCCAUUUAAAGUUCCAAAUCGUUCUUCGAUCUUGUGUUUUUGCCUCUUUUUACUUUUCUCCAUGUUAGAUAGUUGUUGGGGUUCAUCAGGUUACGAUUGUUUCAGCAAUAAACAAGACCUUAAAAAAAAAACCUGGUUUUGGAAUACUGUCUGCAGUGAGAAAGGAUGUCAGGAUAGAAAAUAUGUGUGAAGAUUCAUUUAAUAAUUUUCAAAUCUUGUGUGUACAUACCUAGCUUUUUCUGUGAAAUAUUUUAAAUUAAUCGUAUUACUUAAAUUAAUUUAAAGAUUUAAGAUUUUUUUUGGCUAUUGCCUUCCCUUGCCACCUUAGCAGUAAGGCAAGUGUACCACUACAUUUAUGUUCUUGAAAACUUUGGGUACAUUGAUGUUGGAUUGAUAUAAAGGUCUAGGAAACAAACAGGUUUAGGUUCUUUUUUUUUUUUGGGAAUAGCUAAUGGGCCUGAUUCUGAUUUUACACGGCGAUGCUCUUGCAACUGAAGGGCCAAGUCUGUGUUAACAGGCCCAAAAAUUGGCUCAUAAAGAUGCCAGUUGUUCAGGUUGGACUUAGCUACGUCAUGGAGUAGGAAUUUAACUGUGUACUGGGUUUUAUUGUUUAUUUAGUGGACUAGCCUAAAAAGUUGGUUUUCAAGUAGGUAGUAUAAAUAUGCCAUUUUCAAUUUGGGGCCUGGCUAAAUGCUUCUGGUUGGCUUGUUGGUUGGAAAUGAAUCCUGUAGUGGGAGGGUGUUAAUUUCGUGUCAAAGAUGUUCACCUUUCAAUUUGAAAAAAAUCUGGAAAUGAGACAAGAGCUUGCACUUCUUGAACUCAGAAAGGUCAUACUUAAAGUUGGAAACCGUCAGGAGUGUGUCAAUCUACAUUUUCACAUGCCGCUUCGCUCCUCGUACACAUAUCCAUCUCACCUUUUGGUAAAGUACGUAUUUUACUAGUUCACACGUAUCUUACUAGAUUUUUUCACUCUGCAGACCUUGUGGCAGCUCCUGUGGGUGAUUCCAGGAAAUGCUCCGUCCUUUCUGAAUCCAGCCAUUGUCAGUUCUGAGAAUGAGAAUUUUUCUAUAGAUAUAAUGAAACAUAAAGCUAGGGUUGGAGCCUCUGAGCUUUUGGGUCAGGUAUGUUUUAUUUAGGAUAAGUUGAGUUCAUUGCCUCAUAAAACAGAAAUGGUUCAUGAAUUUCUGGAAAUAUCUUUGAAAUUUUUUCUUUUGUAGUAUAGUUCUUGUUAUUCGUGCCUUGUGUUAAGAAUGGAAAAAGCGACCUUUUCCUGCCCUCCUUUCAUUUAUUUUGGAAUACCCUUUGCUGACUUGUCCUCCGGCUUGAACAUUUUGUGUUCUUCCAUUUACCAUUUUUUUUGUCUUCUCAGCUGCAAGAUUGGAACAACAGACGGCCAUUCACGUUAGCCACAGACUUCAAUGCUCGUGAAGCAGUCGGUGAUAAUUUCAUUUCUCAAGUAAUGGAAAUUGCAAUACUGUUAACUCCGCCCUUUUUCUACUGCCGAAGCUCCUCAUUCAUUAAUAUUUCUUUUGUCUUGUAGGCUAUGGCUGGAAACACUAGGGCUCAGGACAUCUUAAAACACGCUCCAUUCUUAGUGCCAUUCAACAGCAGAGUGAAGUUAUUCACGGUUAGCAUUUUGUUGGCGCAUUCAUUGUAAUCAAUUUGUUAUUAUUUACUGUAACUUUGCACAUUCAUUUAUAAUGCCAAUUUCCUGGAGGAUUUUUUGCUGGGGACAUAGUUUGACUAUAUCAUUCUUCAAUUCAUCAUCAUAAUUUAUAUUUCAUGACUUUGUUUCAGUCACAAUUAGUAGCAGCCAGACAAAGAAAUGCAGAUCAGUUCGCUUUUCCCAGAAAUCAAUUCAGAAUUCGAAGAAAUAGGAUUUUUGAAGAUGGUUUUAACCAGCUAACCCGGUUGACCGAGGAAGAACUUAAAGGAAUGGUAUGUGUUGAGCUUUAUUGUCUUCCAGGACACCAGCAUAAUGCUCUUUAAUUGGCCAUUUCUGCUUAGGAUGGCUAAGUAAGAUGUGGCCGGUCCACAUGUUUCCAGCAUGACUUUGGGCCACACAGCUGGGGUGACGUAAGAGUUGAAGAAAGUUGCUUGUCCCUUGGUGUUUGUUUAUUUUUUACUUAUGUUUAUUUUUAUUAUAAAUUCAGAUUCGAAUUAUAUUCAUCAAUGAGCUUGGGGUGGAGGAGGCAGGGGUUGAUGGGGGUGGAAUUUUUAAGGAUUUCAUGGAGAACAUUGUCCGAGAAGCUUUUGACAUUCAAUAUGGGCUGUUUAAGGUAAUCAAUUAGAUAGAUACGUCUUCAUUUAAUGUUUAAACAGUGUUUUAUCUUUGUCAAUAUAUUUCUUUACUUUCAUGAUUCUUACUCAUUGCACCAUUUAUGCCGGUCUCAAUUCUCUCAUUAUUAUCCUUUGUUUUCUGAGUAUGUUUCAGUGACUUAUGGUAAGCCUAUUUAGAUUUUCGUUUUGUGGUAUUAUCUUGCAAGGAUUCUUGCUCACUGUUUGAAGUUCGUCUUCUUUGAAUGAAUUUGCUUCAGAUUCUAAUGCACUGUACUGCUACCACGUUGAUCCAAUCUGUAGUAUGGAUUCAUGAUCUACACCACCUUUGAGCAAGCAUUUAGUAGUUGUUUCGGGUUCUAUGUAGGAACGGAAUUUAGCAAAAUGCUCUGAGACUUUUUCAAUAUUCCCUCUCACAAUAUAAUCAUGAAUUAGAACUCCAAUAAUCAGGUUUGGAAUUACUUUAUGGCUUAUAGGCAUCAAUGUUAUGUGAUAGUUUGAUGUGAUUCAUCUGGGAAAUAUGUCUGUUGGUAACUUGAAUCAUCUCCCCCAUGAUGAUAUGUGCUAAAAUUUUAACUCAUGAAAAUAAUGGGAAUUCUUUGGUAAAUUAUCCUCAUGAACUUGCUUUUCUCCCAAACAUUUUUUGAAAACUUGGAAGUACCAAAUUUACCGAGCUUCAAUAAUACAAAACAAAAUCUUAGAAACCCAAAAUGAUGCCUGAAUCCUGUCUUUUCCCUAGCCUAAACCCUUUCAAAAAAGGAUAGGGGUUAGUUUUUCUAAUUCUAUUGCCAUAUGCACUCUGUUCUUCUUUUUAUUGUUACGACAAGCUUAUUGAACGGCUUUAAUUAUCAUAAUUCACUAACUGAUAAAACAUAAUACAUCUGUUCUUGGAAAAACUCCUAGCCCAUCCAUGUUUCUACUUUAAGACGGCUAGAUCCCACAAAAGGAGAUCUAAUUUGGAAAGGAGAUUUAAACCAACCGAUGAAGCAAUACUGGCUGGUGAAGCAUGUUGUUGUUCCACUUUGCUUGAAAUGCACUUUUCAGGUUGUGUUAGUGACUCUUCAGUUCCUCUCAUUUCCUGGAAAAAGGUACAACCAUUUUUCACUGACUUAUUGAAUUUCCUAUCCCACUAGUGGGAUGUCCCUUCAGAACAACUUUCCGAAAAACAGACGCUGCUUUGGAUUGUUACCAAACUAUACCAUCUACUGUCAUCAUAACAGUUAAUAAAUGAUCUGACUGAAAAUUGGUUGUGGCCUUUUACUGCCACUUGAUUGAUGGGACUUUAUUGCUGAUAUUACUCAAAAGCCUGAUUCUCCUAUUUCUCCAAAGAACAUCUUACAUUCCAUUAGGAGUUUUCAUGGAUUGAAAUUUUCUCGUUGUAUAUUUUUUUCAUAUCUUGAAGAUUGAAAUAUACCUAGAAUAGAGGGCACCAUUUUAGUUGGAACCAUCUCCUAAAGGUUCGCCCCUUGAGAGGAGUUUUGUCAUCCAUCCUCUAAUCUAUGAAAAAACAUUAGAAAAUAUGAUUCUUUAUUCGUAAUUUGAUAGCUCGUUCAGAUAGAAGCUUCCCUAGUACCUAACAGGUAUAACAUUUAAGUCUAAAAGUUCUGUCUAAAAAAUCGGUCUUACUACAAGGACUCCAGAUAUAUCCAACUUUAUAAUGCUUAGUAAGACUCCUUGCUGCAUUUAGUAUUCUGAACCAAACUUAGGUUUGUAACUUUAGAUCCAUCAUCAGAGUCAAAAAUAAAUUUAUCCAUCCAAUUUUCACCAGUGGAGCAUCCAAAUGAAUUUUUUUACACGAGCAAUAAUUGACUCUGAGACAUUGUUUAAGUAUUGGGCCAUCCAACUUAAAACCAACCUAUCACCAGUGGAGCAUCCAUAUAUUCACUGGGUUUUAUUUAUUUUUCCUGUGUGAAUUUAUUCCAGCAAAAAAUUGUGCGACUGUGUAUUCGUUUUAUGCUGUCCCCUAGAUUCUGUCAAGUAUGCUCAAUCUGCUUCAUUAAUAAGAAUGGAAAACCUGGGAAUUGAAGGUCAGUUCUUGGUCCUAAAAUCGCGUGAAAAAGGUCAUUUUGAUAGUCUAAACCGGUAUUUUGGACUUUUGACGUUAGCGGAUACUCUAAAGUUAAGAAAUACUGGUUUUAACUUCAUGUGAAAAUCGAAUCAGGUCCUUGUGUCUGGGAAGGAUCAAAAACCUUUCCAAUUCAGCUAUUCACUCUCAAAGAUCAUUAGGCGGCUGAUAGUUAUUUGAAUUAUCAUUUUCGCGUGGAACAUUUUUUUCUAUUAUCGCGAAUUCAUAAUUAUUGUAUUCACUGGGCAGUCUGGUGAAAAUGGUGAAAUUAUUGUUGAGCGUUUUGAGUGUGUAAACGUGGGGUGGUUGCCUGCCAAGUAUCUUGGUGUUUGGCUAUGCUUUCUACAAGGCAUCUUUGUAAAUAUCAAUAUGUCCUCCAAAAUCGAAUCGAACUAAAGCAGCUCUACUUCCGUGUUCUGAAUCAAGCUGCACUAUUGGACUUUGUUAAAUGGUCUGCUUUUUCUAUAUAAGGGCUUUGUAAUUUCAUUACGAAAAUUACGAGCUUAAUUUAAUUUAAUUUUUUUUUUACUUCGUGUUUCUAUUUUUGCUAAUUUGAUUGCAUUUGUUUUCUUGAUUGUCAUUUAUGAUGGCACUUCUCCUAUGAUGUACUUUGCUAAUCUCUUAAUGUUUUUUCUGUCCGCAGGAAACCACAGACCAUCUACUAUACCCAAACCCUGGAUCAGGUUUAGUGCGUGAGCAGCACCUCCAGUUUUUUCAUUUCCUUGGGAGUCUUCUUGGAAAGGUAUCCAUAUUUAGACACAGAAAUCUAUAUUGAGACACGUAUGUAUGUCCUCAUGUUUGCACUCCCCCAUGAUAAAUAUAUUGUUGAGUGCUAUGUCACAAACGGAGUAACCCUAAUCUCAAACAAAAGAGUGGAAAAACAACACACACCUUGAUUAAUUUUUGGGUGUGGUAUUUAAACCAGGCCCAUAGUAUAGGGUUUGAACAAGACCAGUCUGGUUCAGUUUAGUCUUAAGUCAUAAAGAAAUAUUAACAAUAGAGAAACAAAAACAAUGGGAACUUGUUCCGGCGCUGUUCCUCAUGUUGGUGAAUAGAUAUCAUCUGUUCCCAACUUAGAUACAAGAUUCUGAAAUAUUAUGUUAUUCUUUAGUAAUUAUGUCUAAAACAUGAUCAUUUGUAGAGGCAUAUGGUGCGGAAAUCAAUUGGCUCUUUAAUUUCUCAUUUAUAAGGUGUUGAUCAAUUUUAAUGUCCCGGUUUGGUUAUGUUGAACUAGAUUGUGCAUUAUGCAGAUUGUUGACUUCUUGUCUCAGUAGUCUUAUUGGACCACUUCACUUGAUUCUCAAGUUUUCCUAAUUAACCUCACCCACAAUAAUUCAUAUAUAUUGAAUUAUAGCUCAAAAUUUUGCUUUCUGCGCUUGACUUUGCUAUUACGUUUUGCUUGGCCUUGUUACAAUAUUAGCAUUAAGGAACAUACAGUAUCUUGAAGAAGAUCUCUUGUCUACUACAGACUUUAGAUAAUUAGCAUCAAAAUAUAUAAUACUGAUCCUCUGUUCCUCUUGAAUAAAAUAUCUUUGGUUGGUGCCCCUUUAAGAUAAUGUAGCACUCGAUGAACUAUAUGCAGGUGUAAUUGCUUUGAGUUGUACAUAAAUUGACUGAUUAAAUUCACUACCUAUGCUAUAUUUUCUGGUGUGUGAGAUAAAUAAAUCAAAGGUGAUUUUGUGGUCUCUUUAACUUUGUCUAUAUCUUAUUGCAAUCAUGACUCUUGUUUGAGUCCAGAGGUUAUUGUUUGAGUCCAUACAAGGCUUUAUUCAAUUUACACAUCAAAUUUUCAGCCAAAUUUUUUCCAUAUAAAUUAUUGAUAAUGAAUUAUUCGAUUCGCACAACAGAUAAAUUUCUUCCUCUAAUUCUCAAUGCAGAAAUGUAUUCUGAACAUCAAACUAGUGUAUAUCCCGACCACAAUUAGCUACUAAUGACUAACAUUCUGACAGUAUUCAUCUUCACACCCGGAGUAAAAUUCUCUAGGUAUUCAACCCCAUAGGUCUAUGUAUAACCCUUGAUAACCAACCUAUCCUUGUAUUUCUUGAAAGAUUCUUCUGCUUGGUACUUACUCUACGGACCCAUUUACACCCCAUGUGUCUCUUUUAUGCUAGUAGUCUUACUAACACCGAUGGGUCUUUUCUCUAACGCCUCCAUCUCUUUAUUUAUAACUUGUUUUCAUUUUUCAAUGGACUAAGUCUUAGAUACAGUUGUAGGGAUUAUUGCAAUAUUUAAAAUAACAAGGAAUGCUCUAUGACAUGGUGAAAGAUGUUCAUAAGACAAAAUGUGUGAGAGGAUAUAGGAGUCUGUUGGUGCAUUCUCUGGUUCCUUUCCCAAUGGCAACAGGUAGAUUCUCUUUUUGAUUUUUUAGUAUGACAUUCGAUUUCAUAUGUAAAUGAAGAGUGAGAACUUGGUACCUCAUUUUCAGUAUCUAAGUGAGGGUCUUGGAAUUGCAUACAUUCUGGGACAUCCUUCUUUAUCUAUGAAUAUACUUUGUCGAAUCUCACAUUUUUUUGAGAAUGGGGUUAGACAUUGAUAUCGAUGUAGGCAAUUGUUCGAGAGCAGAGUUAGGAAUAGGUGCUGGUGUUGGCAUUACAACGGGGAGUGAAAAAUUCUCAUACUUAUCUACAUCAACUUGAUUCUCUCCCUAGAUAUAUGGUGGGAAAGUAAGAUUCUUUUUCAUGGUAGGUGACAUUAAUUGAAAUGAAAACUCUUUAUUCAUGGAGAAUGAUAACAUUUACAAUUUUUUUGAGUCUGAGAAUAUCGGAUGAACGUAUAUUUUAAAACCUUGAGAUCCAAUUUGUCCCUAUGUUGGGCUCGAACAUGAACAAUUGCUACGCACCUAAAGAUCUUAGGCACAGAUUAGUUUUUAGUGUGUUGUCAAGAUAGAAGGAUGAUAGUGUUUUGCACUAGAUUUUUCAAUCCUAAAACUCUAAACAAUUUAUGAGGUGAGUAAACCGCCUCUCCCCAAAAAGAUUUUGAUACAUUAUCUUGAUAAAUAAGAUCUCUAAUUACCUUGAGGACAUGGCUAUUUAUGAUUUCAUCUAUCUUAUUUUGUUGUGGUGUAUUAACACGUGAGGAUUUAUGUAGUAUAGCUUCUUCUUGGAAAUGAGGUCAAUGUUUGGUUGAAAUAAUUUCGUGCAUUAUCUAAUCUAAAUAUUUUGAUAUUGACUCCAAAUUUAUUUUUAAUAGGAAUUAAAUUUUAGAAGAAUAACACUAACUUCAAAUUUAUGUUUAUAAACAAAAAAUCCAAGUGUCCAAUGUACAAAUCCAUAAAUAUAACAAGCCAUCUAGCAUCAGAAAUACUUGGAGUAUACAAAGUACCCCAAACAUCACUAUGGAUACAAAAGAAAAAGAGUUGAACUCUUUGUAUUGCUUAUCGGAAAUGAUCGGUGUCUAUAUUUCUGGAUUUGCAUACAUCACAAUGAAAGUCUUCAACAUAUAGACUUUGAAACAACGAUGGUGAAGCCAGAUUUUUCCAAGUUUGAUGAGUGGGGUUAAAAAAAUAGGCUGCUUCCUCCCUUUGUAAUAUUUGAUUGGCUCAAUGCUUCCUCCCUUUCCAAGUUCAUACUGUUCUUUAGCAUGUCCAAUCAUCCUCCCCAAUUCUUUGUCGUAAAACACACAAUAAUUAUGAUAGAAAAACACUUUACAUGAUCGAUCUGCAGCGUUUACUUAUGGACAUUCAAUUUAUGGUCAAUCUAAGAACUUAAAAAAUAUUUCUUAAGAUGAGAGAAGAAGUAAGAAGAACAUUCCCUACACUUGCUAUAGUGAUUAAUGAUCCUUCAACUAUAGCUUUUUUCUAUUAUUAGGACAUGGAGAAUAUGCAGAAAAAAAUUGUGCUGAGCUGGUCAUGUGUCUAGUAACUCCUGAAUCCAUGAUCCAGGAAGCAGAAAAAAUGGUAUUUGAGGUACUUAAUCCAGAAAAAAAUAGAAACUCACUUGAAUGUGUCAAAGGCACGGGGUUAGAGAUGAUUACACAUUUCGACCUUAUCUUGGAAGGGAGAUGGCUUUGCUCUGGUGGUAUUGUUUCGCUUGGCUGCACAACUAUGACAUGAGCAUGACCACUUUUCCUGGGCUGCUCUCUCUUCUGACCCACUCUUAUUUUUGGGUUUACAGUGAAGUUUCCGGCAUCUUUCACGAGUGUUGCAUGUCUUUUUCCAUUAUGUGCACCAUAGGGUAUCCCUAUGGUCAUAGUUUUUACUCUUUGUUGUCCAGGUGGGGUAGGAGUGACUUUCGCUUUCUUCUUAUUUGUACCUGGAUUACUGCCAUCUUUAGCCACAAAUGUUGUGCUGUCCAUUGCUUUGUGAGCCAAGCAUUAGGCUCUUCGGCUCUCUUCAUCACAAAGAUGGUAGUCUUACUCGGCCAAGGGAACCCUCACUUGAUGAAAGUCAGGAUUAAGCCCAACAAGAAUUUCAGAGGUUUUAUCAUGUUCUGCGUAAUCUUGAUGAAUUAUUCCGUCUUUCAGAUCUCUCAUAUUAAUUUUCCUGUACUGAUCAUAAUCCUACCACAAUAUAUUCAAUUAGUUUGCAUACUAUGUCACAAUUUUAUUUCCAUGUUUCAUUGUCAUCAUCUUCAUCUUCACCACGUAUACUUGUUCUAGCUCUAGCAUAAGUUUGAUGGAUAUGAUCCCAUGUCGUUAGCUGUAGCUAAGAAUAUACAAGUACUGUCAAUUCCUUGUAUCAUGGCGCUCCAUAGUCAUACCAUGAUUCUAAAGUUUUUUUAAUCUCAUAUCUCAAAGUGCAGAUCUCCUAGUUGGAGCCCUAUGCCUAGGAGAUGGCUGAUCUGCCGUCUCUCAUUCAUCAUUAUUCUGAUCAAUAGAGACCAAUUAAUAAAAUUUCGCCCAUAUAGUUAGGUUCGUUUGAGCACUUGGAAACAGGAAGAUCGAAGUGGAGAAGUUAUCUCAGACAUAUUUGACUCAAUAAAAUUACUGGUGUUCUUAAACUAGGCUGAGUGAAUCGAUUUCUAGCUGACAGCUCUAGGCUGUUCUCUCGCCUCCAAUGUACCAGAGGAGAAGAAGAAAUAUGUACAAACUAACCGUUCAUGUCACAACACCAGAAAACAAGACCGACGACCAAGAAGGAAAGGGGUCUUGACGGUCAGGAAGUAAAGGAGACUUGACGUAAACGACAAGAGUUCACCAACUAGAUUGGAGUGUCUUGUGAUAGAGACGUCUCAAGGCGGAAAAGUUAAAGAAGAGCACGAUCAAACCUUUGUUGUAGGCUCUGAUGUCAUGUUAAGCACUGUGUCACAAGCAGAGAAACCCUAAUAUCGGACAGAAGGGUGGAAAAAUAACACAUGCCUUGAUUAAUCUUUGGAUCUGGUUUUUAUACCAGGCCUAUAGCACAGGGGUUGAACUGGACCAGUCAGGUCCAGUUUGACACUUACGUAAGAAAGAAAAACAACUGCAACUUAAUCUGAGAUACACAUCAGGCUGCUGCAUGAAUUUUCUUUUUACAUAUUUACAAAUCAACUUGAAUGGAGUGGUCUGGUUCUGUUCUCUCUCGGACCUAUGACAUUUUCAUGAGUUCAUCACAUUUUUUAAGGUUCUGAGCUUAGUCGUCAUGUGAGUUCUGGGGUGCAUCUUGCACGAUUGUUUUGAGGCGUCUUAGCUAACUCACAAACAAAUUUGUUGAAAUGUCAAUCUGGCUUGUUUGCUUUACAGAUGAUACCCUGUCCAGUGGAGUUGUCACAAAAUCACAUCUGCACUCGAUAAUUCAUAAAACACAGUUGUGUUAUCCUCAUGACCUACCUUAAGAAACAAUCGCCGAUUCGAGGUUGUGUUUCCUCAGUUGUUUUUUGGAGAUCUGUAGUAGACUACAUAUAUGGUUUCCCUUUCAAGCUAGAUAAAAGGUCAAUCAGGGGCAUGCAUUCUAAGGAUGCAUAUUAUAUGCUGUUCAAACUUUUGAUAGCUCAGGAAUGUAUUGCCACAUUCUUCUUUCCUCUUGUGAGUUCUGUCCACCACCUGCUUAUUAUAAACUUUAUUGGGUGCUAAUCAUCAUUUUUUCCGUCAAAUGGAUUGCCCGUUUUGCAUCAAAUAAUGUUUUGAUAUUUUUAGACAUUCAUAUUCACUUUCCCAUUUCUGCAGGCGAUGUUUGAAGGGAUUCUUGUUGACAUACCAUUUGCAACAUUUUUUUUGAGCAAAUUGAGACAAAAGUAAGACAGGUUUUAAUUUGAUUGAGUUGAAGAGCUUAGUGAACUUCUAUCAUUUCUUUGAAUUAGUUGAUCUAGUAGAUAGUCAGUUUUAUAUAGACAUCUGUUGCAUGUUGAAGAAACAGUUAAAGUUUUCUUUUUAUUUCUGUGGAGAGGCGGUGAGUCUUCUUAACGCACCAUUGGUUGAAUUUGAAAUCUGCUUAAGUGCUGAAACAUAAGUUUGGAUGACCUUUCGCCCAAAGAGGUGAAUAAAAGUCCCGUGUUAGUAUUUAAUUCGCAUUUUCUAAUUCAACUGAAACGAAGGACGGUAUUUUGACCGAUUUGAAUGAUUUCCUCUUUUUUUGAGUUUAGGUUGAAUUCUUGUCAGGGGGAUUUAGGCAAUGUAUGAGGAUGGGUUGAGGCUUUCAAAACACAGGACUGAAUGAUACUCAAAAAUCGGGUAACACCAGGCUGCUUGAAUCAGAUAUGAGCUACUACACCUUGAUACCCUUAACAAAGCUUUGCCUCUGGUUUUGUAUCAGGCAUAAUUCCAGUAUUCCUAUAGACUAAUGCACCCAAAAAAAUGUAGUCCAUCAGAACGGAAAAUACAGCAAAAUCAGUAAUUGUUUUCUGACCUAAUCCAAUUUCCGACAAAGAUGGACCUGCUGUUGUGCAUGAAUCGGAAUGCUUUUUGGACUGACCAGUGUAUAUCUUUGUGAAAGUCUAGAACAUAAUCCACCUUGUACCCACCCUCAAAACUGAUGUGCCACUUACUUUGACCUAAUAUGUAAGUCCUUCAGCCUUCUCGUAAUCAGCAUCAGGAUUGGCUGAUUCAGCCAGUUCUUGGUUGCACGAAAGUUUGGUUUUGCACUGGAUUGGACCGAUUGCAAAUUCGUCAAAUCACAAUCGGACAAGCUAUUGGUAUUCAAUCUCAAUAAAUUUGAUUCAGAUUGUGAUCUGAUUUUGAUUUCAUUCUAAAUACCUGAAAAAUAAAAAUACCCGAUUUAUAAACUAUAAAAGUAGCGUAUGAUUUCUGUGAAAGAUUGAUUUGUAUGUGGAUGUGAUUCGGUAACAUCUUCUGGGAGUAUCUGGUGAUAUGUAUUGAAGAUAUCAUAUGCAAAUCAGGAUUGAAGAUCUAGCUUAAAUUAGCCAAUCUACUUUCAAAUUCCCUUAGGUAUCCGGCCUCAAGAAUAAGGAAAAAAUCCAACUUUAAAAACAUUAGAAUCUUAUCUUAGGUAUGAAGACUUAGCCUUAUGAAAAAACAUUUUACCUUACACAUGUGGAUGCACCCCUAAAACCCACAAAAAAUGAGUACCAGAGCAGCAUCAUCGAGCUGAAUUUGAUUUUGGAACUUCCUACUUUGCUAGGCUUGGUUUUUACGUAGUUUCAUUUUCUUCUUUAUCUUAUACAUACCAGUGCGAGUCCGUUGAUAGGUAUAUAUUUAACCAUCUCUUUGAUGUGCUAUCAAUGAAAAUGGGUGUGCAGUCUAGAGUAGUCAUGUUUGGUGCUUUCUGUAAGAAAUUUGGUCAGACUAUGGAUUUUUUUUAUUUUUUUUUGGUGAAAUCUAAUCUUGUUAGUUUGGUCAGACUAUGCUUUCUGUAGAGGGUAAACACUUUAGGUGGCUUACAAAGUGAAAUAAUCAAGCAAAUGGUUUACUCGUGAGGUUUAUUGUUCGUUUAUAAGUUCAUGUAUCAACUAUGGGAUUUGUUAUCAUUUUCACUAUCAUCUGCUAUGCUUGUUAAAAGCUCUAUGUGCAAACAUUUUUCUUGUGUCUCAUAGAGUAUACUCUAUGUUGAAGCAAACAUUUCGUAUUUAGUCUCCUAAGCCUUUCUAAGGUCCAUAGCUAGUGCUUAGACUGAAGUAGCCUUUUUGUAACCUUCUGAGAUCUUAUUUGCUAAUUUAACGUUUUCCUUCUUUUGUUUCCUUUUCUUCCGUCAGUGUUGAUUGGUAGAUUCUACUUCACUACAUUGACUAUUUAAGUUUUUUACUUUGCUGUAUUUUGUUAAGUUCCUUGACCCAGUAUAGCCUGCUGUUCUGCACUUCAUUUCUGCUUUAAGUGCAUCGUCUUUUUCUUGAGGGACCGACCUUAAGGUUUCUGUCAGUUUUUUUGAAUAAAUUAUGCAAAUAGAAAUAUUUAUUAACUUAUUUUCGUGUUUUUUCUAAUUGCUUAGGCACAAUUACUUAAAUGAUCUGCCCUCGCUCGACCACGAACUGUAUCGUCAUCUUCUAUUCCUAAAGGUUUGGAAUUGCAUUUGAGUUGCAUUUAGUCUGGAAUUCAUUGUUUUCUGUAAUGGACUUAUAAUAUGAUCAAAUUCAAUAUCACUUACUACAUAGUGCGGAAUAAAUGAGUCGCAAAUCAUGGUCAUGUUGGAUCUUUACCGUCAUUAACAGGUGCCUAAAGUCUCUCCGAAUGCUGGUUUCCCUUCCUAAUCCAAUGCCGGGAACAUGAUUUGUUUACCAUAGAUACCUUGUAUGUUAAUUUUAUCUUUAACACGACAUUUAGGAGAAAUGAAAGAGAAAAUAUAUAAUCUCGUGUAUCUUAUAUUUCGUUGGACUAAUUGUUUGGUAUUCUUUAUAUGACUGUUCUUUAAUGGUCUGCCGUGCAUGUUGAGGAAAAUACAUGUGGUGAAUUUUAUGUGGCUAUUCUGAUAUUAUAUGCUCUCUUUCUUUGCAGCAUUAUAACGGAGAUAUAUCAGAGUUAGAGCUCUACUUUGUCAUAGUAAAUAAUGAAUAUGGGGAGCAAAAAGAGGAGGAGUUGCUUCCUGGUGGAAAAAAUCUGCGUGUGACAAAUGAUAAUGUUAUUAUGUUUAUUCAUCUAGUUGCCAAUCAUCGUUUGAAUUUUCAGGUGAUCAUUCUUUCGAGUAUUGUUUUUAUGAUUAACCUUAUGUCAUUCGAUAAUGUAUAAAAUUUUCACCUUUCCGAUCAGAUACGUCAGCAAAGUCUACAUUUCCUUCGAGGAUUUCAGCAGCUUAUUAAGAAAGAAUGGAUAGAAAUGUUUUGCGAAAGUGAAAUUCAGGUAUUUUCAUCGCGUACCCCUUUGAGAAACAAAAUUUUGCUUCUCUUGUUUGGAUUGUUAUACGCUGUGAAGUCCAAUUAUACUUUCCAAUUACCUAAUUCUCGUGUCACCAAUAAUCUCUCUCGGAGUUUCUGUUGUAUUGAUUUCUAUGUUAAUCUAGUGAUUCCUCAUUAUUUUUAUUGUAUAUCAUCCAUUAGCCUACCACUAAAAUUGCUAUAGAUUUUGUUUCUGUUGUACAUCGGUAAAUGACUUAUUUGAAAAAACUCCUUGUAUGGUCGAACAUUGUAAACAUAAAGUUGAAUGCGUUGAAUUAUGUUGUAGAUCAAACUAGGCCUGGUGCGCUGGAAAGGUCACUACCCUUGUGCCCGUGGAUACAAAUUCAAGUUCGAAUAGAAAAGAUAUGCAAGAUUCAUUUUACAACGGGUCUGGUAUUUAUACCAGGCCCUAGAAGAAGGUUCUUGACACAUUGAUUCCAUCAACAAGUGUGGGAGGGUUCUAGAGACUUAUGGAAGGUUCUAGGACUAGCUGUCCACGGGAUUAUGUGUCCCAUCCACAGAUCAUUAUACGGUUGUGGUACUCUUAAAAACUGGGGAUUAAUUACCCUUACCAACAGUUGACUAUAUUUUCGCAGCCACCAGAUCCCUGCUUCAAUCAGCAGUAAAACCAUCUGUUGUACUUUUUGACACCCUCUGCUGCCAUUUCUCACCUUGCCCACCUUUUCAUAGUUUUAUCCAUCUCUUAUCUUAGUGUCGAUGCAUCAUUUUCUGUUGGUACUCUUGCUUUCUCUGCAAUCGAUACCCUACUCGUUGCAAAUUUUCCCGAUAUCAGCAAUGCUCACCUUUGCAUCCAUGCAUGGUUCUCUGUUAAUGCACUUGUGGGAUCUGCCAUCUUAUCCAUCUGUUCGAGAUUCUACCUCUCCUAAUGUGCCUAUGUUGCUUAUUUGCACAUAAGCCCAUAUACUGAUUUGUUUCUAUGUUUAGAUAUGAAAGCUUCAAAUUAAUGAGAAUCACGCUCACCUUUGUGUCGUUUAGCCUCUCAAAGGCUGUUUUGGUUUCCAAACAUGCCGUUUUUAAAAAUGGAAUAUGCAUAUAGGUGUUAUGUCCUCGUGGUAAUUUUCCAUACACAAAUCAGAAUGGUCUUAGAAGAUUGCUUUACUCUUGCGAACACUGCUCACUUAAAGUAGGUUGGAGCCGACAUUUACGGAUCCUUUUGUUCUAUUCUUUGCAAAAAUAAAAAAAUAAAAAAAUAAAAUUUCUGCUGCUUUAAUAAUGACUUUUUUUGGCAGCUUCUCAUAUCAGGAUCAUUAGAAGUUCUGGAUGUCGAUGACCUACGUACAAAUGUUCAUUAUGCUGGUGGAUUUCACCCUGUAAGUUCUAGAUCACCUAUUCAUCAAAUCCUAUCGAAUCUUCUGCAUUCAUGUAAAUUUAUCAGUGGAGUUUGAUGCCAAUUCAGUUGAUGAAUCAAAUAUCUGAUUGCAUUGCAACCCUUGGAUCUUGAAUGGGCCAAUUCAGUAGAACUCAACUAGUUUCAUAUGACAGAAAACAAUACAACGUUUUGUUUAUCAUACGUGGUGGCCGUCUUGUGCUUGCAGGAUCAUGAGUGCAUUCUGACGUUCUGGGAAGUCCUCAAGAACUUCUCUCUUGAACACAAAAAGAAGUUCUUAAAGUAAGCUUUCCCCUGCACUUCUCUCGCUACUUCAGGCCUGGCCAUAUAUUUUGUUCUCUUUAUCCGAUCUUGUUAUUUUUCCAAACCAUUUAUUCAAAUAAUUGCGUAUGCCUUUCCCGAUUUAUGACACCAGCUAGGGCAUCAUCUCUCGCUAUCCACAGCACAUAACUCACGAAUGCUAGCAUGGUUCCAUGUUGGUUACCAUGAGAGAUCAUAAAGAUGGGCUUAAUGCCCAGAUGCCCAAUCAUCCUGUGGAUUUGAACCCUAAUGUUCUCCUGCAGGUUCGUCACGGGGUGCUCGAGGGGGCCGCUUCUAGGGUUUAAGCAUCUGGAGCCCAUGUUCUGCAUACGGAGGUGAAAAUGCUCGCCAGACUGUGUCAGCCAUACUUGCUUGCAUGAGUGAUGAUUCAUUUUUUUUUUACCGUCAAACCUGCUGCCAUUGCAGAGCUGCUCCUUCAACUGCCACCGAGGAGGAUCUCAACCGGCUGCCGACCUCUGCAACGUGCAUGAACUUGCUCAAGCUUCCACCAUACAAGAGGUUUGCCAGCAACCUAGAAUUUUCCUCCCUGAAAAUUUCACCCCCAUUUCUUGAUAUCUCAACGCCGAUUAGUGCACUAUACACACCUGCAUGCAAUAUAUGCAACUUUUCGUUGGAUCGGGACAUAGAAUAUAUGGUAUAUGUUGAUAGGCAUACACUAUAUAUAUAUAUAUAAAUACUAACAUUCUUCAGCUCCGUAACAUUUUUUUUUCUUCUUUAAUUAGUACCCUGAAUGUCUAUUCUGCACGGGUCUCUUCUCUGGUAUGUGCACUAUACAUAUAUGCAUGUAAUAUAUUAUUUCAGUCAUGUAACUCUGUUGCUGGAUCAGGACACAGAAUAUCUGACUAUGCUACAUAGAAUAUAUGGUAUACAUAUAGGCAUAUUGUAUAUAUACAAUACUAAUAUUCUUCAGCUCCGUAACACUUUUUUUUUUUUUUUUUUUUCUUGAAUCAGUACGUAGAUUGUCUGCAUGAUUCUCUUCUCCGGUGUGUGCACCAUACAUAUCUGCAUGCGAUAUAUUGUUCAGUCAUUCAUCUAACUGUUUGCUGGAUCAGAACACAGAAUAUCUGAACACGCUACAUACAUAGAACAUGUGGUACAUUUUAUAUAGGCAUGUAUACUAUAUUUACAUAGUAAUAUUCUUCAGCUCCGUAACUUUUUUAUUUAUUUUUGGAUUCAGUACGCAGAUUAUCUUCAUGGGUUACUUCUAUUCAUGUCUGCAUGCAAUAUAUAUUGCUCAGUCAUGUUAUUUUUUUUAUUGGAUCAAGGCAUAGAGUAUCUGAAUAUAUGGAAUAUAUAGGCAUAAUACUAUAUAUAGAUCCUUAUAUUAUUUAGCUAUGUAACAUGAUUUUUUGGAAUCAGUACGCAGAUUGUCUGCAUGGUUCUCUUCUCUGAUGUGUGUGCAUGCGUACAUACAUAUAUAUAUAUAUAUAUCCACAUUCAGUUAUGUUAUAGAAUAUGUGCGCAUGACUGGUGGGAGGGCUUUUGGUGUCAACAGCAAGGAGCAGAUGCGAAGGAAGCUGCUGUAUGCAAUAAACGCAGAGGCAGGGUUCGACCUCAGUUGA